AUGACUGCCAUUUCUUCGACGCAACUUGCUGCACAUCCCCAGCCGCGAGCAUGUUCACCUCCUCGCUUUCCUGUUGCACGCAAGGCACCACCAACAGUUUCAAUAUCAUUCUCUUCUGCCAGUUCGCAACGUUGGGAAAGCGGACUCGAUGCCCAGGAUCUAGAACUCCCAGAUGUAAGGAACGUCGUACCGUUCCCAUGUGCUCCAUUGGAUGGCAAUGGAGAUAUCGAGAUGUUGGAUGGAACUUGUCUCCCAUCUGCGCCUGGCCUCCCAGCACACUCACUUAGUCUACCGUUACCUCUCCGACGCAAGCGUCGCUCAGCAUACUCUGCCUCCGCUCCUACCUUACCCUCGAACCGAAAGGACAGGCCUGAUAAAGACUUGACAGACGGAUCGGUCAGGAAGAGGGCGCGGAGGACCAGACGGCAGACAACGGAUAUAUUUUGGUUGAGUGUGAUACACAGGAGUAUCUCAGUCGGACUCUGCGAGUCCGAAUCCACCCCUCCUUGCCGCGUUGAUACAUGUGCAUGCAAUGACGACGCCGAGUGUCGACGGGUGCGCCGGAAAACAAUCGAAGCGCAGGAUCGUCUUUUGGCAGGAAAGAUAUGGCAGAAACUUGUAGACAACGGAUGCCAUUCGGGUCCAACGACACGUGACGAACGAAGGAUAGUGCCCUUACUUCCUAGUGAAGCUAAGCUCGAAACCGGUGUAGACCCCCGGAAGCCGUCAGCCGCGGCAUCCUCGGUUAUCAUUCUUGAGUUUCCACACCCUCCUAGUCCGCGGUCAAACCCACUUUUCUUUCCGAAGCCCUCUUCCCCCAUUGCUAUGCCGUCUACUCUGCAAAUGAUUUACGAUGACUUCCCUAUGCGACCUCCAACGACUCUAGAUGAAAAGGAUACUCGUCCAUACGCGUCGUCCACCGAGAUUGAACCAACAUUACACCAAACGAACCUUCGACGAUCGCCGUCUCCUCCGUCACUUCAACGUAGACCCCUUCCAUCGCGGUCUGCCACCCCAACCUCACAGUCGCCCACACCCUUGACGAUGCCACAGCUUGUCGCAUCCCUUAUCCUCUCUCACCGCGAGCGGAGCAGUCUGAGGACAAAAGGGAGAAGCUCGAAAAGCAACUCGGGAAAAAGCAAGAGGGAAGAAGCCGAUCGCACCAGAGAAUCUGCUAGUCAGGAAAUUGGUGCUUCACCUAAGGAGCUUGAGGACCGACAUGAGAGUGCACGCACACCAAAAUCGCAAGUACUUCGGAAUGCCGGGAGGCGAUCACCAUUGUGCCAGGUUGCAUACGUCGACGAUCCGGAGUUGAACAGCCCCUGCUAAGGCGGCGAGGCUUUUGCUCUCUCGAUAUCGUUCCUGGUCGCCUUCUCAUUGACGGAUCAUGCCGGACGCUUAUGUCUACUUACACACAGGCGUUCACGAAAACAUGUGAUGAGUCUUUUGACAUGACUUUUACGCCUCCCAUCACUCGCCUGUCGUUACUGUCGCUUGUAGUUACUCUAGAUACUGCGUAUCUGCUCUACUCGACUCUGCAUAAUCUCCGCGAUGUAGUACAGCGGGUCCUUGUGUAUGUGAAGAGGAAAAGGAGUAAAGCGGCGCGAACCCGCACUCCGCGACUUGACGAGAUACAGAUUCAGAUCAACAGGAGCCGUCCUAGGGGACACCCGUAGAUAACGAUUGAUUGAUAGUAUACAAAUGUCGAUCACUCCCUCCAUAAGCAUAAGUUGGUCUCGAAGAACUAGGUCGAUCAGC